AUGUCUCUGUUCCAGUCGGCACUAGAUUUCCUCGCCGGGCCCGGCUCAUCCGGAGCGGCCAGUCGGGACCAGAAUGACUUCGUCGGACAAGUCGUGGAGCUCGGUGACAUGAAGCUGAGGAUCAGGAGAGUGAUCGCGGAAGGUGGCUUUGCCUUUGUGUAUGAAGCCCAGGACAUGAGCAGUGGUAAAGACUACGCCCUCAAGAGGUUGCUGUCUAAUGAAGAAGAGAAGAACAAGGAAAUCAUUCAGGAAGUCUGCUUCAUGAAAAAGCUGUCAGGUCAUCCAAAUACAGUUCAGUUCUGCUCCGCGGCCUCGAUCAGUAAAGAGGAGUCAGACACUGGGCAGGCUGAGUUUCUGAUCCUCACUGAGCUGUGUAAAGGUCAGCUGGUGGACUUUAUAAAGAGGGUAGAGCAGAGGGCUCCUCUAUCAUGUGACACUGUGCUAAAAAUCUUCUACCAGGCGUGCCGUGCUGUGCAGCAUAUGCACAAACAGAAGCCUGCUAUCAUACACAGAGACCUCAAGAUUGAGAACCUCUUGAUUAGUAACCAGGGCACCAUCAAGCUGUGUGACUUUGGCAGCGCCACCACAGUGUCACAUUAUCCAGACUACAGCUGGUCGGCACAGAAGAGGUCCAUGGUGGAGGAUGAGAUAACGAGGAACACCACGCCUGCAUACCGAACACCAGAGAUGAUCGAUCUCUAUUCCAACUUUCCCAUCAAUGAGAAGCAAGACAUCUGGGCGCUGGGAUGCAUCCUCUACCUGUUGUGUUUUAAGCAGCAUCCAUUUGAGGAUGGGGCCAAGCUACAAAUUGUCAACGGAAAGUACUCCAUCCCUCAGAACGACGUCAAGUACACUGUGUAUCACGACCUCAUACGUUCCAUGUUGAAGGUGAACCCAGAGGAACGUCUGUCUAUUACAGAGUUGGUCAACCAGCUCCAGGAGAUAGCAGCAGCGCGCAACGUCAACCCCAAGUCCCCCAUUACUGAGUUGCUGGAGCAGAACGGCGGUUUUGGCAAUAAUGGCGCACAGCCAUCCAUGCAGAUCCACAACAGCCACAACAAUGCAGGUGUAUAUGAUCCUGAUCAGUCUGGGAGUGGCCUGUUUGAUAUCUUAAAGGGAGGAACAGAGCGCUUCCUGACCAACAUAAAGGACACUUCCUCCAAGGUCAUCCAGUCAGUAGCUAGCAGCCCAAGCUAUGCCAAAGGGGACCUGGAUAUUUCAUAUAUCACCUCCCGAAUUGCAGUCAUGUCUUUCCCAGCAGAGGGAGUAGAGUCGGCAAUAAAGAACAACAUUGAGGAUGUCCGGCUUUUCCUUGAUUCACGUCAUGCUGGCCACUACGCUGUGUACAACCUCUCCAAACGAUCCUACAGGCCCUCUCGAUUCCACAACAGGGUUUCAGAGUGUAACUGGCAGGUGCGCCGUGCCCCUAACCUCCGCAGUCUCUACAGCGUAUGUAAAAACAUGCAUCUAUGGCUCAAACAGGACCAGCGGAACAUCUGUGUAGUACACUGCCUGGAUGGCAGAGCAGCAUCAGCAGUGGCAGUUUGCUCCUUCUUGUGUUUUUGCCGCCUUUUCACCACAGCUGAGGCAGCAGUCUACAUGUUUUCAAUGAAACGCUGCCCACCGGGCAUAACACCAUCACACAAGAGGUAUAUAGAGUAUAUGUGUGACAUGAUGGCGGAGGAGCCCAUCGUCCCUCACAGCAAGCCUGUAGUUAUACGCUCCAUCGCCAUGACGCCAGUGCCACUGUUCAACAAGCAGCGUAACGGGUGCAGGCCGUUCUGUGAAGUCUAUGUUGGAGAUGAGAGGGUCCUCACCACAUCACAGGAGUAUGACAGGAUGCAGGAUUUUAAGAUAGAAGAUGGGAAAGCAGAGAUUCCUCUCAAUGUUACAGUUCAAGGAGAUGUACUGGUUGUGAUCUAUCAUGCAAGAUCUACGCUGGGAGGACGUCUGCAGGCAAAGAUGGCAUCCAUGAAAAUGUUCCAGUUCCAGUUCCACACAGGCUUUGUACCAAGAAAUGCGACCACUGUCAAGUUCGCCAAGUAUGAUCUGGAUGCCUGUGACAUCCAGGAGAAGUACCCAGACUUGUUCCAGGUCAACUUGGACAUUGAGGUUGAAUCCAGGGACAGACCCAGCACCAAGACACCUCCGUGGGAGGGCUUCCAAACCAAGGGCCUCAACCCCAAGAUCCUUUUCUCCUCUCGUGAUGAACAGCAAGAGAUCCUCAGCAAAUUUGGUAAGCCUGAGCUGCCUCGUCAGCCAGGCUCUUCUGCAUUUUAUGAUUCAGAGUUGCCCCAGCUAGCUCAGACCCCUGACAGUUCCAAUGCAACAGAACCAGAGUCUCCUAUGAGCAAUGAUGCUAAUGCCAGCAACUUCUUCCAGACCCUGGACUGGGAAGAUGUGCGUGGCUCUCAGGAUACCUCAGACAACCAAGGAGGAGGAUCCAUGAAUGAGCAGGAGGACCUGAGUGAUCAAUCAGAAGGAGAGUCUGACUCGUAUUAUGCUGCCAGUGGGGAGCCAUUGUCACGUGACCACAGCGAGUCGCUGUUUGAUUCUAACUUUCAGACGGCAUCUCCUGCAACACCGGAGGCUCCUCCUGACGACACAGCUGACCUCUUGGGGUUGAACUCUGACCUUCAACCUCCAUCCAUGUCCUCAACCACCUCUGCUCCUCAACAAGGAGAUCAGGGAGAAAUGAAAACUGCUUCCAGCAACAGCGACCUCCUCAAUGACUUAUUUGCGCCUCCUGCUGGUCAGACAGGAGCAGUGCAGGAAGAUUUGUUUUUCAGCGGGCCGGCCAGUGGGGCCACACCAGACCAAAAACCAAUGGGAGAUCUUUUUGAUCCAUUUGGGAUGGGAUCUGGCUCUGGUGUCGGCUCCAGUGUUGGUUCAUCUCGUCAAGCCUCUGGACCAGACCUCUUUGGAGACUUGUUGGGUUCUGAUAGUUCAGCCACCAGUGGAUUUAGUUCAGCUCACAGUAACGCCACUCCCGCUUCUAACACCAGCCUCUUCAACCUCAAUAAACUUGUAAAUGAUACCCCUAAGAUGACAUCUUCAGCCAGCCAGCCAGACCUGCUCGGUGGAUGGGACAGCUGGGCAACAGGGACCACUGCAGGCAUGAGCACCACUGCUAGCAAACCCAGUUAUACCAAUGCAGCUUCUGGUAUGACAUCCAUGUCAAAGGCCAAGUCUCAGACCUUUGAUCCUUUUGCUGACCUGGGAAACCUGAACUCCAACUUGCCAGGUUCCUCCAGCAGUCAUUUUUCUGGGCCUUCUUUUGGCACAAAGGGUCCUUCUUCUUCUUCUUCUUCCUCUUCCUCUGCUAAGCCUCAAGCUCAGCCAUGGCAGGCUGGAAGACCCACCUCAGCCCAGAACAAACCUUGGAUGCCCGGACCAGGGUCUGGAUCUGGCCCUAAAGUGUCUACAGCAUCUCAGCCUGCAGGCUCGCAGUCCUCUAAACCAAACUACAACCUUAACUUCACUAGUGUCAUCGGUGGGAGAGAAGAGAGAGGAGUUCGUGGGCCUGGAUUUGGCCCCAAGCCAAAGGUAAAGGAAGAUGAUUUUGGGGAUCUGCUCUCAACUCAGGGUUUUGCUUCUAAACCUGACAAGAAGGGACCAAGAACCAUCGCUGAAAUGAGGAGACAGGAGAUCACAAAAGACAUGGAUCCUCUGAAAUUACAGAUUUUGGACUGGAUUGAAGGGAAGGAGCGAAACAUUCGAGCACUGCUGUCAACUCUUCACACAGUGCUGUGGGAGGGUGAAAUGCGCUGGAAGCCUGUGAGCAUGGCCGACCUGGUGACACCUGACCAGGUGAAGAAAUACUAUAGGAAGGCUGUGCUGGUUGUCCACCCAGAUAAGGCAACGGGCCAGCCUUAUGAACAGUACGCUAAGAUGAUCUUUAUGGAACUGAAUGACGCCUGGUCAGAGUUUGAGAACCAGGGAUCCAAAGCACUCUUCUAAAACCCUGGCCUGGAUCCCAGCUAGACCAGACCAGACCAGACUGGACUGGAUUUGGCCUAACAAAACAGCAGACUGGGCCAGAUUGGACAGGACUGAGCCCACAUUGGGCCUUAGGGGCAAAAAGCCUCUGAGAGGUGUCCUCUCUACCAUUCCCUCCCUCCUUCUUUAUUUUCUUCUGUUUCUUCAAUCCAAAAAAAAAAAAAAAAAAA